AUGGGCGUACCAACAUUCUACAGAUGGCUGUGUCAGAAGUGGCCGAAGGUGGUGUUGGAUGUGGUUGAGGAGCGUGAGAAGUUGGUGAGUGGAGGUGUGUUUGCGCCCGUGGAUUUGGAGGAGGCGAAUCCAAAUGGGAUUGAGUUUGACAAUUUGUACAUCGACAUGAAUGGGGUGGUGCAUCCUUGUGCGCAUCCGGAGGAUGGGGAGCAGCCGGGUAGUGAGGCGGAGAUGUUCCAGAACGUGUGUGAUUAUAUCGACCGUUUGGUGCAGAUCGUGCGGCCACGUAAAUUCUUGUAUUUAUGUUUGGAUGGAGUGGCGCCUCAGGCUAAGAUGAAUCAGCAGAGGAGUCGUCGAUACAAGGCGGCGAUGGAGUCUGAGCGUAGUGAGGUAUGUUGGGAGGAGAUGACGGAGGAGUGGCGGCGGUUGGGUAAGGUUCCGCCUCCGCGCAAGACGCGUUGGGACAGCAAUGUUAUAACUCCGGGUACGGACUUCAUGGACCGGCUGGCUUAUGCGUUGCGCUACUAUGUGGCUCGACGCAUGAAAUCCAGCACAUAUUGGCAGAGUCUGGUCGUGCUUGUAAGCGAUUCGAACGUACCCGGCGAAGGCGAACAUAAAGUCAUGCGUUAUGUUCGCGAAAUGCGAGGCAUCAACGAAAAUCCCAACACGGUUCAUUGCAUACAUGGCAUGGACGCCGACCUUAUUAUGCUUGGACUAAGCACACACGAAACACACUUCUACAUCAUCCGUGAAAUUGUUACCGACGGAGGAGGCAAUCGUGAACGUAACAAGCCAUCAUAUAUUAAACCAGACCAGGGACCAGGCCUACAUAGCGACGGCGUACAAAUCAACAAGAGCUUCAGAGCCACAUGGAAACCCCUCCAGAUCCUACAACUACCAGUACUGAGAGAAUACCUCAAAUACGAAUUCAAAUUCGACCAACAAGAACUCAUCACUCAACACUCAAGAACCGGACACAUCCUGCGACUAACCUCCGAUCUGGAAAGACACAUUGACGACUUCGUAUUCCUUUGCUUCCUAGUAGGAAACGACUUUUUGCCCCACUUGCCAAGUCUCAGCAUCCACCAAGGAAGCAUCGACCAAAUGCUCGCUCUCUACAAGCAUACAUUUCCGCAAAUUGGUGGCUAUCUUACUGACGAAGGAGCAAUGCAAGUGGACCAAGUCCAGAAUUUUUUGAGGUAUAUUGCUAAGGCAGAACCGAAGAUUUUCGAAGACUCGGUUCGACGGAAGGAGCAACAAGACCGCCGAAACGAGCAGCAACGCGCUGAAUCUGCCGCACGCAAAGCCACUGAAGUGAAAGCUGCUCAAGAAAAGGUGGACCUUCGCGGUGCAGAGUCCGAAGCUCAGCAAUGGUCGGCGCCCAAUCGCUGGUCUGCAGGCGGGACCGCGACACAGUUGCUGCCUCCUCCGCCCAACGCUACUCCGUCAGACGUGUCUGAGGUUUCGCGCGUGAGCCGGAUGUCCGAAGGGUCGGCUACGGAGUUGGAGGCUCCGCCGGUGGCUCUCACCGAUGAGGCUUCGGUGGAUUUCGCGAGGGCCUUGACGGAGCGGCAAAAAUCGAAUUCACAGAAACACUAUGACGAAGACAGUGCGAACCAUGUGGCCCUGGGUCAGGGUGACGUCGUAAGCUACCGGCGGGACUACUACAUGAAGAAGUUCGGCGCGCGCACCGACGAGGAAGUCGAGAAGAUGGCGGAAAUGGCCUCGAGACACUUCGUUCGAGGCCUGCAGUGGGUCUUGCUGUACUACAAGAGAGGCGUACCCUCUUGGUCGUGGUACUAUCCGUUCUAUUUCGCCCCUCUCGCAAUGGAUAUGUUCCGUUACGGAUUUAUGACCGCCGGCGCACACGCGUGUGCGCCCCCGGUAGAGCCGUUUUCUCUGGGUGCACCGGUUAAUCCUUUGGAGCAGUUGUUGGCGGUGCUGCCACCGCGGUCAGCUAGUUUCCUGCCAGCGGCGCUGCAGGACUUGAUGGUGAGUCCGACGUCGCCCUUGAAGGACUUUUACCCCAGCAUCUUCCAUGAGGACACGGAUGGCAAGAAGCAGAGUUGGCAGUGGACUGCCAUCCUCCCCUUCAUCAACAUGUCGAGACUGCAGAACGCAGUGGCCAAGGUCCAGCAUUUCUACAAUGAGAAUGAGAUUAGACGAAACCGCGCCGGUGCAGAGUACUUGUUUACCGGUGCCGGUCUGUUAAGUAGUAGUAAUAAUAGCGUCCCCGCCGGGGAUGGUAGCGAGACAGCCAUUUCGUUAAAUGGCGUCUGUGGUACAGUUAGAGCAGUUCGCGAGGCGCCUUUGCCGAUGCAAGGUGACAAGUGCUGCUUGCCCUUUGAGGGUUUCCAGCCCUUUAUUCCGGACGCGUGCAUUAUGGAGUACGAGCGGCCCAAGCAGCUGCAUCCGAGACAUGCGCACUCUUCCCUUAUGCCGGGAGCGGUCCCUGCGCCCCCGAGGCUGACGGAUCAAGACCUGGCGGACAAGCCCCCUUCGCGGGGACGGGGCAUGUUCAACGUCAACGCAGCGAUCCGCAUCAUCAUGCACGUCAUCGGAGGGAAGGCGCUGCGCGAAUAUGAAGCCAAAGAAGAGGCAGCCCGGGACGCCCAGUACGCGCAACGGAUCAACGCAGCCAACAUCAUCGACAUACACAACGCUCCGAACCCGCUCCUCACCCCCAAGCACACACCGGCCGCCGACCAGGGCAACUUCGACCAGGAAAGAAACCAUCGUAGAGGACCCCCUCACGCCCGGGGCUAUCCAGUCCACAAUCAACAGGAGGCGGGCAAAUGGGCCAACGGGCAAUCGACCCACGGGCAUCAGACCAACGGCCAAUGGUCCAACGGGCAACAGGCCAACGGCCAAUGGACCCAUGGCCACGAUUCGCAUCAUCAACAACCCCAUUCGCAUAAUCAACAACCCCAUUCGCAUCAUCAAGGACCCCAAACACAUCAUCAGGGACCCCAAGCACAUCAUCAAGGACAAAGGGGCCGGCAACGCGGUAAUCCAAGUACGGCACAACCAGGUGCUUUCCAACAAGGCGGCUUCCAGCAAGGUGGUUUCCAACAAGGUGGUUUCCAGCAAGGUGGUUUCCAGCAAGGUGGUUUCCAGCAAGGUGGUUUCCAGCAAGCCGGCUUCCAGCAAGGUGGCUUCCAACACAACCAGUAUCCCAGUGCAACCCAACCCCUCACCGUGCACCAGGCCGCUGGCCACACACCCGCAGGUUCCGACUAUCGCCAGGGAGCGCAUUACCGAGGUGGACAGCAGCAUCAUGGGGGUGGACAGCAGCAUCAUGGGGGUGGACAACAGCAUCCGAAACAGGGAGUGAGCAGUCGGCCGGUCUCAACUUAUCAGGGUCUGGAGCGCCCAGCUGCCGCGUCCAACUAUAGCAAUCGACCCACGGGCAAUCGGAACAGACGUGGAGGAGCAGCCUCUUCGACCAGUUCAGCCCGAGGCAAUCCCUACUACAAACGACAAGACGGCUGA